AUCAUAUCUAAAUGGCUUCUCUUACCGUAAGUGUUUUUGUAAUAACGCUUCUCUUCCAUUGUAGUGUCAAUGUCCUUGAAGCUGCGGAGUAUCAUGAGAGUCCUGCUCCUGCACCAGCUGACCAUCAUCUAGUUGCCCAGAGCCCCCAACACCUUCCUCCGUCGAGCGAGUCUCCGAUCCCCCACCAGCCACCGAGCCAAUCUCCGGUUCCCCACCCCCUUCCCCCGUCGAGCGAGUCUCCGAUCCCCCACCAGCCACCGAGCCAAUCUUUGGCUCCCCACCACCUUCCCCCGACAAGCGAGUCUCCAAUACCCCACCAACCACCGAGCCAAUCUCCGGUUCCCCACCCCCUUCCUCCGUCGAGCGAGUCUCCGAUCCCCCACCAGCCACCGAGCCAAUCUCCGGUUCCCCACCACCUCCCUCCUUCCCCUUCGCCUCACUACGCCCCCGUUGAGCCACCUAAACCGCAUACCUACCAUCAGAGAAGGUCCAUCGAAGUCGAAGGUGUUGUUUAUUGCAAGUCUUGCAAGUAUCCCGGUGUUGAAACCCUUCUCGACGCUAAACCCCUUUCAGGUGCUAUGGUACAAAUGACAUGCAAGAACACCAAGCAUUCUCGAGUAGUUGUGACAGCCACCACGGACAAUAACGGCUACUUCUGGCUAGCGACGAAGGACGUUUCGAGCCACGCAUACCACCGAUGCAAGGUUUAUAAUGUGAAGUCGUCGAACAAAAAUUGCACUAUAACGUCGAAAAUGAACGGCGGAAUAGAGGGGGCGGAGUUGAGGCCGGUGAAGGCAUUCUUGGACGCUGAGAAGAAACCGGUUGUGCUAUACAGUGUUGGACCAUUAGCAUACGAACCCACCUGUCCACGUUGAAAGUACGACGGG